AAGCAAGUGAGAGCCGUCACAACUCCGGGGAGGGGAGAGGGAUAGGUAGCGUGUUCUGUGUCAGUCUCACCCUGCGGGCAACAGACAGCGCGCCUGGCGGGGCCAGUUGAUGUUAGAGUCUCUCCGACAUGUGUCACUCAGUGAGCUAUUGAGUGGCGGGCUAGCAGUGUUAUGGUGACUAUGGAGGAGCUAAGAGAAAUGGACUGCAGCGUGCUGAAGAGGCUGCUGAAACGAGAGAGUGCGCACGGCAGGAGUAGCAAGCAGGGGAGUGUAGGGGUCGGGGGCAGCUGCUUGCUGCUGGACUGCAGACCUUUUCUGGCUCACAGCGCCGGUUUCAUUCAGGGCUCGGUAAAUGUACGCUGUAAUACCAUCGUGAGGCGAAGAGCCAAGGGCUCGGUUAGCCUGGAACAGAUCCUGCCUCCGGGCUGCAAAGAAGGCGAGGAAGAGGUGCUGAGUCGGCUGCGCUCUGGUCUGUACUCGGCCAUUAUCGUAUAUGAUGAGAGGAGCCCCCGGGCUGAUGCCCUGCGUGAGGAUAGCACCGUGUAUCUGGUGGUGCAAGCUUUGCGCCGGGACACUGACAGCACUGACAUCUGCCUGCUGAAAGGUGGCUAUGAAAGAUUCCACUCUGAGUACCCAGAGUUUUGUGCAAAAACAAAGUCAAUAAACAGUAUUUCCCUACCUGCCAGCAUAGAACCUGCUGGAAUAGGCUGCAGUUCCUGCACUACACCUCUGCAUGACCAGGGUGGGCCUGUGGAGAUCCUGCCUUUCUUAUACCUUGGCAGUGCAUACCAUGCAGCUAGAAGAGAUAUGCUGGAUGCUUUGAGGAUCACAGCAUUAAUGAAUGUAUCUGCUGACUGUCCUAAUCACUUUGAAGGCCAUUAUCAGUAUAAAUGUAUCCCAGUGGAAGAUAACCACAAAGCUGAUAUCAGCUCUUGGUUUAUGGAGGCAAUAGAAUAUAUUGACUCUGUUAAAGAUCAAAAUGGACGUGUUCUUGUUCACUGCCAAGCUGGCAUUUCCCGUUCCGCCACCAUCUGUUUGGCCUAUUUGAUGAUGACAAAAAGGGUGAAGCUGGAGGAAGCCUUUGAGUUUGUUAAGCAGCGCAGGAGCAUAAUCUCUCCCAACUUCAGCUUCAUGGGACAGCUUUUACAAUUUGAAUCUCAGGUCCUGACCACUACCUGUGCUACAGAAGCUGCUAGUCCUUCUGCCACUUUGCGAGAACGCAGUAAGCCUUCCAGCUCACCCACGUCUACUUUUGUCUUUAGUUUCCCAGUGUCAGUAGCUGGUCCGAGCAGCCUUCCAUAUCUCCAUAGCCCUAUCACAACCUCCCCCAGCUGCUGAAGGAAUAGAGAAGAAGAACCCGUCUUUUGCAUUUAUGCUUUUAUGACCACAGUGGGUCCAAAGUGACUUUUCUAAGAGUGCUGAACUUUGCCACUAAGUGAGGUGUGCAAACCCUUUAUUAAUCAAGGAAAAAAGCAAUAAUGGUGAAGAGAUCUCCUCUGGUGCGUUGGAGAUGUACUUGUUCAGUUUCUUUUAUAUUUAUGCAGACUUCUAUCCUGUAUCUUUGACUUGUAUAUGUGUAAUUUAUUUUUUUCCAAAAGCCAAGUGGCUUCAGGGCAGUUUUUAAGUUUAUCUUGUUUUUAAUUAAAUAAUGAACAGAACUUGGGAACUCUUUUCCCAAAGUGCCUCGUUUUCUAAUUUUAAAUUUUUCUUAUUUAAUUCUAUAUUUAAAGAAAGUUUGUUUGCCUUGAAAGUUCUGUCCUCCAAAGUAUCAUAAUGCAAUAAGAAAACAAUUCCAAUUUUCAAAAAAUAAAAAAGGAAACUGCUACUAUAUAACAAAUAUCUGAUAUUUAAGAGCACAACUGAAAGUAUUAAACAUGUUAGCAAACACAGGAUAUUUUCUGCAACAAUGGAAAGUGAGGCAGCUGAGGACAGAACAGGGCUUGGGGCAUGUGUGUACUUCAGUUGUAUAUCAAAUACUGAAUUGCUUAAAGCCAAGAAGUAUGGGAAGGGAAUUCACAGCCGAAACCGUUUUUUUUUCUCAUUUGAAAAAUAAGAGCUUGUAGUGUAUGUUCACCAUUCAUUGUGUGCGCGCUGCAAGGCCAACACCAGAUUUAACUCACACUGUGCAAUUGCACUAAACAAGUAUUGUAGCAACGACCUCAGUAUUCAGAACCCUUUUCUUUUUUGUCUUGUCUAGUGUUGCUAUUUAUCAACAUAUAAUGAUAAGCAUUGAUGGUAUGCAAGUGAAAUACAGAUUGUUUUGUGGCUCCAAGAUUUUUGCAGUUUACUUCAUAAAUGUACCAGUAUAUUAUGAAACUAUUGUGCGCUGGCACAGUGAGCUCAUAGUGCCCAUAGGCACUGCUAUCUCGGAGAACCUAUAGCAGCAUGAGCAUUUUGUAAAUUGUAAACAAUGUUAUAUUAACCCCCUACCAAAAUUUCAAAGGCUAUUACAGGUCAUCUUUGAACUUUGAUCUGUUAUGGAACUCAUGGGUGA